AUGGCUGCGGCAACAGCAACAAUCAUGCCAUCCGCCGCGGACCUGGUCAACAUGGACCUUCGCUCCACAGACAUGCAUCGAAUCCCGCCAAAAGGCUUUGCAGACGCCAGCGUUACCAAAACCAAGCCGUUGCGCUCGCAAAAGUCGGUGCCUUCGCCGUCAUCAUCUCCCGCAAAGCAGUUCCGUCCUCGCUCCGCUCAGCAAUCGCCCUCGAUCCCACAUCGUCGCGUCUACAACAUCGACAGCGAUCACUCGGCCAUCGAAGCCGGCUCCAGCAUCUCGGACGACCGCUCCGUCGCCGCUUCGCUUCCGCACUCUCCUCCACUAUCCACCGCUUCGCCACCGAGAUCGCCGGCUCGUCUCGCUGUGCCCUUGCCGCACGUGCACUCGGGCUCGCCCACGCGCCCCUUGGCUCACAAAAAGUCUUCCGAGCCCAGGAGCAAAGCGACGCGUAACCAGCAUCUCGCCAACCUAGAGGCAGCAUCUCUUUCCACCCCGGAGCUCCAUCUCGCUUCGGACCCCAUGCUCGACACCCAGGAGCCAUCCUUCUUGCGCAGGCUCGGUCGCAACUCGCGCACUCAAUCCAACGACGCCAUGUCCAACACAGGCAGCGAGGGGGUCCCGUCCAGCCACAGCCACGGCCGCACGAACAGCUACAACGCCGUUAAGCCCGGCCUCGCAUAUGCCAGCUUUGGUGCCGCCAUGAGCGCCGUCGAAUCGCACACCGAGGGCUCACCCACCCUCGCCGUGCCUGGGAUGCUGCGCUCGCGAAAGCAGAGCAAUGCCACCAUUCGCAGCGCGGAUUCGUCCGCCACCGCCUCGGCUUGGACACGCGACAACGUCAGCACAGACACGCUCAGCCCACCCACCAACCACGACGCUCGCUCCACCUCCUCCUCCUCGUCAACCAAAGCUUCAACCGGCAAAACCAAGGCUCUGGGCGGGACGUGGUUCCGACGCAGCCGGAAAGAGGGCAAGGAGGGCGAAUCGUCCCGAGCCGCGGGGAGCCGAGCGAGCCAAGACGUCGCCGAUGCAUGGACGGCAGAAUCUGCGAGCCAAGCAUCGCUGCAGCCCAGCGAGACGAGUGCGGCGACUGCAGGCUCAGGCACCACCUUGCUCACCGAGAGCAACGUCACCUCGCUCUCGGCCACCACCGACGUGUCUUUCGGCAUGGCCGACCUCGCCUCGCCUCAAGCCGCGCUCGACAGCAUUCGCAAAGCGCGAUCGUUCAUGAUGCGAGAACUCAGCCGCCUCUCCGACGUGGAUCGAGGCCUGGACCGCGAGAGGAUCUCCCAACUUGGCUCGCCGAUGAACGCCGAAUCCCCCGACGCCGGUGCCGAGGCUUCGCAUUUCUGGCACAGCAUUGCAGAUGGGGUGCUGCUCUGUCUGCUUGCAAACCGCCUGCGACCGGCUAGCGUGGAUCGAGUCGAUCGCAGAGACCUCGAGUGGGUCAAGGCGGACAACAUCUCGAGGUUUUUGAGGGCAGCGCGCGACCACCUGGGCCUUCGAUCCAAGGACCUCUUCCAGACAUUCGAUCUCACCGAUGGCACUGUAGAGGGUCUCUUACGCGUCGUGCACACGCUGCAGGCCACCGAAAAGGUGAUGAAGCGCAACUCCAGGGUCGCCGCACGAGCGGCGGCUGUCAAGAUCGAGCCGCGCACCACAUCCAUGACGCCUCCCUCGACGCCACGCGCACACGACCGCAAGCCACUCUCCAUGGGCACCGGCGAUCUGGAGCGUCUUGCCAGCAGCUCGGAAUUGUCAAUCAACGACGAUACGCCCAAACGGACGAUGCUCACCAUCCAGCAGAAUCGACGCGAGGCAGAGCGCAUCCUCAUGGGCGCAACCGAGCUCUCGCGAUCGCAGGGCUCGUCUGCCGACAGCAACCGACGCUCGCUCGAACUCAGCCGCAGCAAACAGAAGGGCGCGUCCAUCACGUUUGCAGACUCGGUCAAGCAGGUCAGCUACACCGGAGACGAAGAGGGUCGCAUGCCCUACCGCGACCGCAAGCUCAGCGAAUCGGCCAUCAGCCUCACGGGCGUGGCCGAGGAGCCCGAAGACGGCGCUGUGGGCAAUGCCGAGGUUCUGCCGAUGGUCGACAGCUUUUCCAGCUCCCAGUCCAUCCCCCUUGAACGCGUUCAGGGCCGACGAGGCAGCAGCGAGUCUGACAAGUCCAGCAAGGGCUUCCCUGUGAGAGCCGCGCCUUUGGCUCGCAGCACCUCUCAGAAGCGCAUCAGCCAAGAACUGGCGCUCGGGCAGCUUCCGAGGGCCGUGAUCGGAUCGACCGAAAACCUCGACGACUACAUUUCUUCUUCGGGCGGAAGUCCGUCUCGCCAUGCUCCUACCCGACGUCACAGCGCGCGUCUCUAUCCUGGGCCGUCGCUGCUGAAUCCCUCGCGCGAGUCUCUGCUCAACCUUGGCGCCCAGUCCAACGGAGAGGCAGACACCCCGCCCUCGGCCCGGGUCCCCUUCCCGCGUGGUGCCAACGACUCGCCUGGCGCACGUCGGAUGGCCCGUCACCUCUCGAUGAACGCCGGCAGCGUCGACUCUUUCUCGCUCACAUCUAGCACCUCCACCGCCACCACCGGCAGCAGCUCGCCAAAGAUCACCACGCGUCCUCAGUUCCGUCACAUGCGAUACUCCUCCGACUUGCAUCUGCCUCUUCUCGGCCGACCGAUGUCCAAUGGCCCGCGCUCGCCCGAUCCUUCCAGCGACGAACGCUCGUUCGUCUCAACCUCUCGCAGCCGCUUCGACUCCGAGAUCGGCUCAAUCUACACCAACACCCUCGGCAGCUUCACCGCGGAUGACAGCGCCUCGGCUGUGACCAAGGCCAGUCGCGAUGCGACCGGCCCAAAGCACAAGCUCGUCGUCACCGAGGCGGGCAAGGCGAAUGUCACCUAUCAGCUCGGCAACUGCAUCGGCCGUGGUCAGUUCGGAUCCGUGUAUCGUGCACUCAACCUCAACUCGGGCCAGAUGGUCGCCGUCAAGCGCAUCAAGCUCGACGGCCGCAGCGACGACGAGGUCACCGAGCUCAUGGGCGAAGUCGACCUGCUCAAGAGCCUCAGCCAUCCGAGCGUGGUCAAGUACGAAGGCCUCGUGCGUGGUCCCGACGUCGUCUCCAUCAUCCUCGAGUAUGUCGAGAACGGCUCGCUCCUCCACACGCUCAAAGCAUUCGGCAACUUUCCGGAGAAGCUCGUCGCAAGCUACGUGGUCAAGAUCCUCGAGGGCCUCAACUACCUCCACGAGCAGAAUGUGGUGCAUUGCGAUCUGAAGGCGGCCAACAUCUUGACCACCAAGAACGGCAACGUCAAGCUGUCCGACUUUGGUGUCUCGCUCAAUCUCAAGGCGGUCAAGAAGAUGGGCAACAAGAACGAUGCGAUUGGCACGCCCAACUGGAUGGCCCCGGAGGUCAUCGAGCUCAAAGGCGUCACCACCGCCGCCGACAUCUGGUCGCUCGGAUGCACGAUCAUCGAACUGCUCACCGGCAAGCCGCCGUACUACGACAUGCUAGCCAUGUCGGCCAUGUUCCGCAUCGUCGAGGACGACUGCCCUCCCAUCCCCGACAAGUGCUCGGAUGCCCUGCGCGACCUGCUGCUCCAGUGCUUCAACAAGGAUCCCACCAAACGACCCAGUGCCGAGACACUCUUCGAGCACGAAUGGAUCCGCCAGGUCUGGUCCGGUCACAAGGAGCUGCGGCCGCAGGACAGCGUCCCCUUCCUUCGACGCAUCAGUGCCGAUAUUCGACGACUGGAUCCGCGCAUCUUUGAGAAGGAAGAGGCUAGCCCCGUCCAGCCGCCCAUGGAGAGAUCCAGCUCGUCUCCGGACAAGACCUUGCAGCGGCCCGGGUUGGAAGCGCUUCGUGCCAACACGUCCCCGGCCGAGUCCUCUGCUGGAACGAUCACGGACAAAGCGACCGGCGUCUCGCCCAACACUUCGCCACCUGCGAAUGUGUCGUCCCUCCCGCCCAUCGAUACGACCUCUGCGCGUCAGACGGCCAAGGCGACCAGCCCGUCGCCUGCACCCGCUGCGAUGCUGUCGCCAGGUGGCGACUCUUCCAUGCUCGAUCUCAGCCUGGUCGGCGAUGAGGAGGCCAAGCCGCAUGCGUUCGUCAAGAGCACCUUCAGCAAGGCGGUCGUCUGCAAGAUCUGCCGCGAACCGGUCAAGAAGCAUGCCGUGCUGUGCGAAGAGUGUGGCCUCGUAUGCCACGCCCGGUGUGCUGGCAAUGCGCCUUCGCCGUGCAAUCUGCGAGCGCAGCUGCUUCUCUUCCAGCAACGUGCCUCGUUGGAUCAGACGAGUCCGAUGUCGUCGGCGGCCCACUUGGCGCCGGUGUCUCCCGUGCUUGGCGGAGGUGCACCUGCUGGGUCGGCGCCGAUCAACUUCCGCUUCCCCUUUGGCAUGAAGAGGCAGUCCAAGUCGCCAACGAUCGAAUCGCAGCCGCAGCUUGGCUUUGGCGCGAUCGCUGGUGCGGAGACCGACGGCAUCCUGCCGCCCUCGCCGCCGAGCAGCACCGUUGCACCGAUUGGCAAGCCCAGCAAGGACGAAAAGGUGCGCAGGCGCCGCAUCUCGCUCAUUCCAGGUCGCCAGCGAUCUCCGUCGCCUCCGCCCGAGAGUGCCGAGUCGCUGCAGAGCCCGUACGGCAACGGCACGCUCCACGGCGUGCGACGCCACAGCUCGAUGAGCUACAGCAGCAUCAGCGGUGCCAGCAGCAUCUCGAGCGCCGGCGGCGUGAUGCUGGGCAACUCGAGCUCGCGAGGUUCGUCGGCGCAACAGCACCAGCAACACGUGCUUGUGGGAAUGUCGUCGCCGGCGCUGCCGCUCGAGCAGAUGCCGCGUGCGUCGCCGGACCGCUUCCGUCGUCGACUGAGCUCGGGCGUCUAUGGUGCUUCCGAGGCGACGCCCGCUGCGCGCAAGGCGACCAAGCCAGGUGUGGCGACGGGGCAGGCGACGCCUACGCCCCAGGCUGCAGUCGAGCGCAAAAAAUCACGACGAGUGUCGUCCAAGACGGACUGCAUCAUCAUGUGA